AUGACGGAGGAGGGGACAGAGUGGUUGGUAGAUCUGUUAACAGACGUUCAGCUGCAGCAGUACUUCCUGCGUAUUCGUGAUGAGCUGAACGUGACGCGCCUGUCACACUUCGACUACGUCAAGAAUGAAGACCUGGAGAAGAUCGGCAUGGGGAGGCCAGGACAGAGGAGGCUUUGGGAGGCAGUCAAGAGGAGGAGAGCUCUCUAUAAACGCAAGUCCUGGAUGAGCAAGGUGUUUCCAGGGAAACGAACUGACUCUGACUUGGACCCCCAGCAGCUCCGGGGGGCGUUGCCCAACUUAACAACUCCAGGGUUAACCCCGUCCAGCGAUGGGAUGGGGGCAGCCCUGACCUGUCUGAUCCGAGAGGCGGAGCUACAGCUGUGUGAACGACUGGGAGACGGAACCUUCGGAGUCGUCAGGAGAGGAGAGUGGACUGGAACCACUGGACAAAUGCUGUCAGUAGCAGUGAAGUGUCUGAAGACAGACAGUGUGUUGGACACUGAGGGGUUGGAUGAUUUCAUCAGAGAGGUGAACGCCAUGCACUCCCUCAACCACCAGAACCUCAUACGGCUCUAUGGAGUGGUGCUCACACACCCCAUGAAGAUGGUGACGGAGCUGGCUCCUCUUGGUUCUCUGUUGGAUCGUCUGAGGAAGCGACAGGGACACAUCCUCAUCUCCUCUCUGUGUGGCUACGCUGUACAGGUGGCGUGUGGCAUGGCAUAUCUAGAACAGAGGCGAUUCCUCCACAGAGACCUGGCGGCGAGGAACGUCCUGCUGUCAACCAAUGAGAUGGUGAAGAUUGGUGACUUUGGCCUGAUGAGGGCGCUGCCGUCACACCAGGAUACAUACGUUAUGGAGGAGAGCCACAAGGUGCCCUUUGCAUGGUGUGCUCCAGAGUCAUUGAGGAGCAGGAGUUUCUCUCAUGCUUCAGACACUUGGAUGUUUGGAGUCACUUUGUGGGAGAUGUUUACACACGGACAGGAGCCAUGGCUAGGACUCAAUGGCAGCCAGAUUCUCCAUAAGGUGGAUGUGGAGGGGGAGAGGCUGGUGAAGCCAGAAGACUGUCCCCAGGAUGUUUACAACGUGAUGCUGCAGACCUGGAGCCCUCAGCCUGAUGACAGACCAACAUUCACCGCCCUCAGAGACUUUCUAUUGGAGACCAUGCCUACAGACAUGAGAUCACUGCAGGACUUUGAAGAACCAGACAAACUUCAGAUCAACAUGAAUGACAUCAUCACUGUCAUCGAGGGCAGAGCAGAGCUCUAUUGGUGGAGAGGUCAGAACAGAAGGACGUUGCGCGUGGGACAGUUUCCUCGCCACGUGGUCACGUCGGUCAGCGGCCUGUCGGCCCAAGACAUCAGCAGACCCCUCACACACUCCUUCAUUCACACUGGACACGGAGACACUGACCCACACAGGAGCUGGGGGCACGCUGACCGCAUAGACAGCCUGUACUUGGGAAACCCCAUGGACCCCCCUGAUGUUAUGGGAAUGGAUCCUUCCACUGCCCGGCCCACCAAACUACCCAGCCGCACCAGGAAGCCGUUCUAUGACUCUGUGUUAGAUGAUGAUGAUGAAUAUGAAGGUGCUUCGUCGGGGCUGAAGAGGCUGGGCGCGGCUAUAGGCCUUAAACUCCGCCCGGGGGAGGGGUCAGGUGUGAGGUCGGCCAAAAGCGAAGUCUCGCUCAUCGACUUCACCGAUGACAGCUUCAGCUCAGCCACGCCCUCCCCUCUCACUGAGACACGCACACCUGACCAGGACACACUCCAGGACCUUCCUUCCAUCCUGGACUGGCCCCUCCCUCUUCCUGCCUACGACGAGGUUGCCACAGAGGCCGAGGGUCAAUUGGCAGACCAGGAGGUUCGAUCUAUCACUGGAUUGCCAGAGGGGAUGGUGGCUCCGCCCAACACUAAUGCAGAGAGGAGGGGCUUAACUCAGUCAGCUGAUCUGUUCCAGGAGCUGCAGAGAGAGGUAGGACACACACAUCCUGCUGACCUGCAGGUGAUGGUGAAGCUGCGUGUUCCCAUGACAGCUGGCCGUUCCCUCCCCUCCUCCCCCCUCCCCCUCUCCCUGGCCCCUCACAGACAGAUCUACCUUCCUCCCCCCUCCUCUUCCUCCUAUGAGGACAGACCCAUGCUACCUCCACGCUCCCCCAUCCCACCGCUCCGCUCCUCCAAACGCGUUUCCCUAUGUGAGAGGGAAAACACACCCCCUCAGAUCCCUCCCAGAGUCCACGCCUUCUCUCAGCCCUCCUCACGCUCCUCCUCCCCCCUUCCUUUAGUGCUUCCCCUCUCUGUCUCCCCUCUCUCCUCCUCCCUUUGUCUCCCCCCUCCUCCCCUCUCCUUCUCUCCUCGUCAGAGAACUGGACUAUAUGGGGUUGUUGGUCCUCUCGGCUCUCUAAUCUCCUCCACCCCCACUUCCUCUCCUCCCUCCUCCUCCCUCUAUUCCUCCAUGCUUAUGGCUGCCCCUCCCCCCAGUUCCUCAUUGGAUCCCCUCUCUGAGGGGCGUGGCCUGUCAAUAUUUAUUGACAACUCUCAGAGUUCUGAACGCCCCGCCUACUUAGAGAGGUAUGGAGCCACCAAAAUGGCCACCGUCCGACCCAUGGUGCAACAGCAGCCAGGUGGGGGUGGGGCCAGGCCUAACUCCUCCCACAACAACAACAACCACAGGACUCAACAUUUAACUACAGCUCCCAGCAGGCAACGGGAGAACGGCCUCAUUCAGGUAGAACAGUUGUUCCAGCUGGGUCUGCGUUCUAGAAUAGAGUGCCAGGAGGUUCUAGAGCGUUGCCAGUGGAACCUAGAACAGGCAAGCACCAUGCUACUGGACUCUUGUGGAAAAGUAGGCUGAGACAGACUCCAGGACUACUGACCUACAGACUUAAAACUACUGAUCUUUAACCCUACAGACCUACUGUUCUAAAAACUACAGACCUGAAACAACAAACCUUUACCUAUUACUACAGACCUACUGUUCUAAAAACUACAGACCUGAAACAACAAACCUUUACCUAUUACUACAGACCUUUAACUACAGACCUGAAACAACAAACCUUUACCUAUUACUACAGACCUUUAACUACAGACCUGAAACAACAAACCUUUACCUAUUACUACAGACCUUUAACUACAGACCUGAAACAACAAACCUUUACCUAUUACUACAGACCUUUAACUACAGACCUGAAACAACAAACCUUUACCUAUUACUACAGACCUACUGUUCUAAAAACUACAGACCUGAAACAACAAACCUUUACCUAUUACUACAGACCUUUAACUACAGACCUGAAACAACAAACCUUUACCUAUUACUACAGACCUUUAACUACAGACCUGAAACAACAAACCUUUACCUAUUACUACAGACCUUUAACUACAGACCUGAAACAACAAACCUUUACCUAUUACUACAGACCUUUAUCUACAGACCUGAAACAACAAACCUUUACCUAUUACUACAGACCUACUGUUCUAAAAACUACAGACCUGAAACAACAAACCUUUACCUAUUACUACAGACCUGAAACAACAAACCUUUACCUAUUACUACAGACCUGAAACAACAAACCUUUACCUAUUACUACAGACCUGAAACAACAAACCUUUACCUAUUACUACAGACCUGAAACAACAAACCUUUACCUAUUACUACAGACCUUUAACUACAGACCAGCCACCUGUA